CGAGCACGUCCCUCGAAGCUCCUUCUCCUCCCUCCUUCCUCCUCUUCCCUCGUAGAACGGUGCCAAAAUAUCUGCUCUGCUUUUGAAGUGAUCAAGAGCAGAAGCAACGAAAGGAGGAGGAAGAGGAGGUGCUUCUUAAACGUUUCUUCUGCUCACUGCUACGGAAGAAUGGCUGGGGGGAGGAGAUGAUGCUGACGGGAAUGGCAGAUAUUUUUAAGCCUCACGUCGCUGAGUUUUGUUUUUGUGCUUUGCACGAAUGUCCUCACAGACCCAAACCUUGAGGCUAUGAAGCAUAUUCUAAACUCUCUCAACCUGCCAGCACUGUCGAGAGGAAAGAGAGUUUUCCAUACAAGUUAGUCUUCGGUUUCCGUUGCAGAUUGCUGGCUGUGGGCCUGACUUAGCCGACCCACAGGUGAGCUCACCAGCCUAUGCGAAGACGAGUUGCAUGUCAAUGUUGGGUGCAUGUGGGUGCAGGAGGUUUUAUUUGGGCAGCGUGGGCGAUGCUCAUACUGUGGAAUAAACGACUCUUUUUGUCGCGGGUAUCCGGGCUACAAAUAAGGACGACGUGUUUACUUUAGUUCAAGUUGCGUGGCGAAGGAGUACGUUGUGAGAGUGGCGGAGUUUUGGAUGUUGCACGUGAAGCUGGGCAUGGAUGGUGUGGCGAGCUUUCGCGCUGGAAGGGUUUUGGAUUUCUGGUUUCGUUUGGGGGUCGCUUGAAGGUGGGCUGUAAGAGAGACAUGGUUGGAUUCUGUCUUGAAAAGUUCUUGGGGGAGGUUGGAGCGGGACAUUCAGAUUCUGUUGAUUGGCGAGUGACUUAAAUUUGGAUCCUGUGGAGAGCUUUUCUCCGAUAUGGACAACCGUGUAGGAACCAUCUUCUGAAGCGGAAGGUGGAAAAUGCGGGAGUACUUUGUACGUUUCUCUGCUUCAAGAGGUCAGCGACGGGACAGCUUGUAAUGUACAUGAUGACGGCCUCCGCUGCACCCGUGACGCUGAGAUCAUUAAAGUGUAUCCUGUACGAAGGAAUUUGUGUCUUGAAAUUUUGUGCGACUUCCCAUAAGUGACGUUACCGUAUUGGUAUUAUGAUUUCAGGCCGAUUUCAGCAGCUCUCAGUGUGGCUAUACUUUGUAUCUUCGAUAACUUUAGUAACCAAUGAUUGUCACCACUGCUGGAACUGCUUCCACGUUUCUAGCACAUAACUUGGUCCUGCAUUCAGGGGGACGUUUCCCUCUGAAAAUUCUUACCGUAACUUUUUCUUUCUAUUUUAGUUCAAUAUUCACCUUUCGUUCAUGUAUUAGUCCUACAAGUCGCUCAAUUAUUUCUCCUCCUCCUCCUCUUCCUUUCUUUUUUCUUUUUCUUUUUUCUCCCCUUCUCCUUCCAAGCUUUAUUGUAUCGCUCUUAAAUCAAAAGCCUACGAAGACCUUGAAGAGUCUGGAUGAAAGGAGGCAAUCUAUGUAGAGAUCAGUGGAACCGAUUCCAGGUGAGAAAAGCCCCACUGAUAGAAGUUGCGCUGUGUCUCGCGAUCUCACAGUGGUCCAAUAGCGCCAGACGACUGAAUCAGGAAGCAGCAGGACAGGCUUAUACCAUCUUCAGCGAUUCGUCACGAUGGAGUCCAUGAGCACCGUGGCACCCGCACCUUCGACCGCAGCGACUGAAGAAGUAGGGCCAGAAGUGGCCAUUCUGUUUGUAGGAGUCGCUUUGUUCCUGGGAAUGGUCUCCCGCCAUCUCUUCAAGGGCUCUCGAAUUCCCUACACUGUGGUGUUGCUUCUUCUGGGAAUUGGCAUCGGAGGCUUAGAAUAUGGAGUCAAAAACCUGGGUGUGCUUGGGGACAGCAUUCGAAUGUGGUCGAACAUUGAUCCCGACCUCAUUCUUUUUUUGUUUCUGCCCGCUCUCCUUUUCGAAAGUUCCUUUGCCAUGGAUUUCCACCAGAUAAAGAGAUGUUUCUUCCAGAUGCUUCUUCUUGCCGCUCCAGGAGUCCUCAUCUCAACAUUUCUGCUUGGUGUUGCGACGGUUGUGAGUAUUCACAUAAAAUCUUCUUCUAACCUCACCCUCUUAUCUGGCGGCGAGCAAACCCUUUUGAAAGUGUUUCCAUAUAAUUGGAACUGGAGCACGGGGCUUUUGCUGGGAGGUCUGCUGAGUGCCACGGACCCAGUGGCAGUGGUAGCGUUGCUGAAAGAACUAGGCGCCAGCAAGAAGUUGAGCACUCUUAUUGAGGGCGAGUCUUUGAUGAAUGAUGGAACUGCGAUUGUUGUGUUUCGUCUGUUUUUACAGAUGGUAUUGGGAAAGCAUUUUAGUGCUGGUGAUGUUGUUUCAUUUCUCAGCAGGGUCGUUUUUGGAGCGGUAGCUUUAGGACUACUUUUUGGAAUUGUCUCUGUAAUAUGGGUUGGACGAGUGUUCAAUGACACCGUCAUUGAAAUUACUCUUACAUUGACAGCCAGCUACAUGGCAUUCUUUGUGGCAGAAGAAUCAGCGUCUGUCUCUGGAGUGUUGACUGUUAUGACUGUUGGCAUCUUCUUUACAGCCUUUGCAAGAACAGCCUUCACUGGCGAGAGCGCGCAAAGUAUGCAUCAUUUUUGGGAGAUGAUUUCUUACAUCGCCAACACUCUCGUAUUCUUACUCAGUGGUGUGGUAAUUGCGGAGAGCAUCUUGAGAAGCCAAGACAAGAUCCAAGGACGGGACUGGGGUUAUCUGCUUUUGCUCUACCUUUUUGUCCAGAUUUCUCGGGCGAUGGUUGUUGGAUUACUAUACCCUGGCUUGAAGUACUUUGGGUACGGUAUCAAUUGGAAAGAGGCAAUAGUGUUGAUAUGGGCUGGUUUGCGUGGCGCUGUUGCUCUCUCGCUUUCGUUAUCAGUUGCUCAAGUUGGGCAGCACGACCCUACUCAAAACACCUACUUGUCUAAAUUGACGGAGGCUAGGUUUGUAUUCUUCACAGGUGGCGUAGUUCUUCUGACACUCAUCAUCAAUGGCUCUACCACGCAAUUUCUUCUCCUUUUUCUGAAAAUGGACACUAUUACUGAAACCAAGUCACGUAUGCUGGAGUUCGCUAAAUAUGAGAUGUACAGUAAGGCCCUGGAGGCGUUCGGAGAGCUAGGAGAUGAUGAGGAGUUGGGGCCAGCUGACUGGAAUACUAUACGCAAGUAUGUAAGCUGCUUGUCAUACGAGGAAAAUAAGCCCACUCACCCGCAUGGACCUCCAAGUUUUGCCCUUCCAGAUGGUGAAUAUGCUAAGCAGCAAAUGACAGACACACGUACCCGCUUCCUAAAUGGUUUACAAGCAGCAUACUGGAACAUGCUGGACGAAGGACGAAUUACACAAACUGCGGCUCUUAUUCUGAUGCAAUCCAUCGACGAAGCUUUAGACAAGGUAAAGCAUCAUACUGCGCUACAGGAUUGGGAAGGACUGCGCCCACAUAUCCAUUUCCCCGGGUAUCUGAAAUACUUCUCGUGGCGAUCUACUUCAGUUCUUCCUCGCAGAGCAUCCACCUACUUUCUGAUUCAACAAUUGGAACUAGCAUGCUACAUUGCUGCAGCCUUUUUGCGGGCUCAUCGGAUGACUCGCAACCACCUUCGCGACUUCAUUGGUGAAAGUGAAGUAACAGAAGCUGUUAUUCAAGAAAGUGAGGCGCAAGCACAGCACGCUCGUUUGUUUCUUGAAGACGUCCGCCUUUCAUUUCCUCAGGUCCUGCGUGCUGUCAAGGCAAAGCAAGUAACUCAUGCAAUUCUUUUACACUUGACUACGUACGUGGAGAGUUUAGAGAAUGCUGGCCUAUUUGAAAGCAAGGAGGCUGUCCAUCUUCAUGAUGCUGUCCAGAUUGACCUGAAGAAGUUGUUGCGCGACCCGCCUAUUGUUGAAAUGCCCUCAGCAGAGCAAACUCUGCAGAACCAACCUUUUAUAGGAGCGAUGCCAACCUCUGUUCAAAAGCCCCUCCUUGAUGUGUCCAAAGAGUACAUGAAAUUGCAGGGUAGCGUGAUUUACAGAGAGGAUAUGAAGUCCGACGGGAUCUGGUUGAUUACCAACGGUGUCGUUAAGUGGAGCAAGAAGGCAGUCGGUGGGCAGCGGCUGCGGCAACCCACGUUCUCCUUCGGCAGCACACUCGGCUUGUACGAAGUGUUGACUGGCAAGCCUUACCUGUGUGAUGUCGUCGCAGAUUCAGUGGUGCAUUGCUUCUUCGUCGAACGCUCCAGGAUCUUAUUUAUUCAAAAGGAAAGGGCUGACCUCGAGGACUUUCUUUGGCAGGAAAGUGCCCUGGCUGUUGCCAAGAUUGUAUUGGGCCCGCAGUUCGACAUGGCGACACUACAGGAUAUACGAGCUCUUGUGAUGGAAGGCUCUUCCAUGCGCAUCUUUCUACGGGGUGAGGUCUUCGAGCUCCGGCACAAAGAGAUGGGGUUAUUGCUGGAAGGCUUCGUCAGGCAAGAGAAUAGCACUGAGCUCAUUACUGCACCAGCAGGUCUGACUGCUAAGAUACUGCUUCCCAGCCCCACUGGAAGUUGGAGCAACAUCUCCCUGCAGCAACCGACGGUUUUCCACGCUGAGGCAAGAUCUCGUGUCCUGCUGUUCGAAUCGUCGAAGGUUGGUGAAAUCUUGUCUCAAGGAUCGUCGCAGCUAUUGGCGGUUCCUCGUAAAACCAGUCGCUCCAUGCUACGGCUGUCAUCUAAAACCUCCACGAAUACUCGAACAAAAGUGGAUCGACACAGCAGCCACAAUGAAAUAAGGAUUGCGAGUGACCACUCUAUCCCCAUUGCACAGGCAUGGGGCAGCGGCAGUAGCUGCGUUCCGGACAAAUACACUGCCAAGGCUUUGGAAAUUAGUGUCUUUGGCUCCGAGGUAGAUGUGAGGGACAAGAGGAGAGCAGAUGAAAUACCACUAGAUGCACAGUCUCGGUUCACCCAAUCUCAUUCCAACCUUGUCAAGCGGGUGUCGCUGAUGAUGCAAGAAAGAUUUGAUAAUAAGCAGACGUCCAUGCCGAAACGCAAGAUUGCAAGCCAGGAGAACAUGACCGUCCCCAUGUCCUUGUUGCCGCACCAGAGCGAGCCGAAGCCUGAUGACUCCAGCGAUGACUCCGACAAGGAGGAACACAUAGUGCGGAUCGAUUCUCCGAGUUUUCUCUUCCACAAUUCUCGCCGAGAGUUGUGACAGCCUUCAUGGCGAUAUUUGUGUAAAAACUCGGUAGGAAUUGCUACUUUGAUUAUUUUCCUGGCGUUGAUGAGGCCACCUCUCAUCCACUUGAUCAGAGUAACUGUGAGGCCGACGAUCUUGUUCAAACCGUGGUCUCGCAACACCAGGAGGCAGCUUUUGACUUGAAUAAUCUCGAGUUUUUCAGAUCUAGAGCUUGUUCAUUGAUAAUGAAGCAGACGAGGUAUAAGUUUUGCACUAAGAAUUGUUUGGCGGUGAGGCAGUGGUUUGUAAACAGAUUAAGCACAUAAAUCGCCGAGAAAUUCUGGAGCUUGUAUUUGACAGAUUAAUCGCUGGACAGAUUGCGAAGUAGAUAGAACGAGGCAUUUGUUUCAUAUGAGGGCAGGGCAUUACCUUCCAAAACAACCCUUCCAAGACGCGUGCUGCUUCCCCUACCUAAAUUAUCUGAAUCGUGUAAUAGGCUAUUGUGUUCUUUAAUUUGAGCUUGUCAAAUGGGCACGUUGAAUUUGCACUCGAGUUGAACACUUUUUUAGCCAUUUUAUCUUAUAAAUUGACACAUCAAGGUUGAA